UUCAUGGACUGCAGUGGUGGGAAGGUAUGGUUUGAGGUUGGAGAUCCCAGUGACUUCAGGGUGAGUGAGGAUGGGGUAGUUUACGUCCUGCGGUGCAGCCUCACAGGAAAGCAAAAAGCCACAGUGGUGGUUUAUGCUGGAGACCUGCUGUCCAAAGAGGUCUGGAAGACCAGAGUGCACCUCCACAUCCGUUCUGGCAACAGCACAGGACCUGAGCAGGUAAAGCCCAGUGAUGCAACACUGACUCAGCAGGUACCAGAGAUCUUGUUUCCAUGGCGUAGUGUGGUUGUCAGGGGUGAUGGCACUCUGAGGCGGGUGAAAAGGGACUGGGUCAUUCCGCCUAUCAACGUCCCUGAGAACUCACGAGGACAGUUCCCCGAGGACCUAGUCCGAAUCCGCUCAGACCGGGACAAGAACCGAAUGCUGCGUUACAGCGUGACAGGUCCUGGGGCUGACCAGCCUCCAAAUGGCAUCUUCAUCAUCAACCCAAUCUCAGGCCAGCUGUCUGUCACCAAGCCUUUGGACAGAGAGCACAUCUCCAAUUUUCAUUUACGAGCUCACGCCGUGGACCUGAACGGGAAUCAGGUGGAGAACCCCAUCGACAUUGUCAUUAAUGUCAUUGACCAGAACGACAAUAGACCAGAGUUCACACACACCAUCUUCAACGGCUCUGUACCUGAGGGAUCCAAGCCUGGCUCCUUUGUGAUGACUGUCACAGCUGUGGACAAAGAUGAUCCAAAAACUGCCAAUGGGAUGCUGCGAUAUAAGAUUCUCUCCCAGAAUCCUCAGAGCCCCUCCUCCAACAUGUUCACCAUUAACAACAAAACGGGUGACAUCAUCACUGUGGCAGCGGGCCUCGACAGGGAGAAAGUCACCCAGUACACCCUGAUCAUCCAGGCUACAGAUAUGGAGGGAAACCCCACGUACGGCCUGUCUAACACUGCCACCACUGUCAUCAGGAUCACUGAUGUUAAUGACAACCCCCCUGAAUUCACCACAGACACAUUCUUUGGGGAGGUCCAUGAGAACAGGGUGAAUGUGAUCGUUGCUAACCUAACAGUGACAGACAAAGACCAGCCUCACACUCCGGCCUGGAGUGCUGUGUAUCGCAUCAUCGAUGGAGACUCCACCGGACGCUUCUCCAUCCCUACUGACCCCACUACCAACGAGGGCCUGCUCACUGUGGUCAAGCCAGUGGAUUUUGAGCUGACCCGUUCCUUCAUGCUGACAGUGGAGGCGGUGAAUGAGGUUCCGCUGGCCCGAGGCAUCCAUCUGCCUCGUCAGUCCACAGCAACUGUCUCUGUUCGAAUCCUGGACAUCAAUGAGAGUCCAGAGUUCAGCCCCAACCCCAAGCCCAUCAAACUGGAGGAGGGUCUACCUGCAGGGUCUCUGCUCACCACCUUCACUGCCCAGGACCCUGACCGCUUCAUGAGACAGACAGUCCGGUACUCCAAGAUGUAUGACCCUGCCAACUGGCUGGAGAUUGACCCGGUUAACGGUCGGAUUUCCACCAUCGCCAUCCUUGACCGAGAGUCUCCCUACGUCAAGAACAACCUGUACAAUGUUACCUUCAUGGCUUCUGAUAAUGGUAUUCCACCUGCCAGUGGGACAGGCACCCUUCAGAUGUAUCUGCUGGACAUUAAUGACAAUGCACCUCACGUGUUCCCCCCUGAGGUAGAAAUGUGUGAGAAGCCAGAUCCCAAUGCCGUUAACAUCACAGCCAGUGACCCUGACCUGACCCCUAACGCUGGACCCUUUGCCUUUGAGCUGGCCAAUCGUCCAUCAGAUGUACGCCGCAACUGGACACUCAGUCGUGUCAAUGGUGAGUAUGCUCAGCUUCGACUGCAGAUCAGCUCCUUGGCCAGCGGGAUCUAUGAGGUUCCGAUCAUGAUCACAGACUCUGGCAAUCUCCCGAUGUCCAACACAUCCUACCUGAAGGUAAAGGUCUGUCAGUGUGAUCACCAUGGGGACUGUGUGGACAUGGCGCGAAUCAUUGCCGCAGGACUGGGCACUGGAGCCAUCAUUGCCAUCCUCAUCUGUAUCAUCAUACUGCUAGUGCUGGUGCUGGUCUUUGUGAUGUGGAUGAAGAGGAGGGAUAAAGAGCGUCAGGCCAAGCAGCUCCUCAUUGACCCAGAGGAUGAUGUCCGAGACAAUAUCCUCAAAUAUGACGAGGAGGGAGGUGGAGAGGAGGACCAGGUACAUGCACACAUUAACACACACACACACACACACACACACACACACACACACACUGAUCUGUCCCAUUUCACUAUCUCUAUAUCUGUGAUGUCUAGUAUGUUAUCUCUGAUGGGCUUAGCUGAAUACAGGUUAGUGUUACAAUGGAUGUGACUGGAGGUUUUUGACUCUGGGUUUACCUUGUACGCAAUGAUAGUUGCACCGAUGUUUGU